AUGGCUUCCGGCAGCUGCGCUUGUCACUAUAUCAGUUACACAGCCUCCACUGCACCAACCUGUCUGGUCAAUUGCCACUGCACAAGCUGCCGCAAACAAGCCGGCGCGCCCUAUCAAACCUGGGCAUUCUUCGCGACUGACGAUAUCCGAUGGCAUGUCAACCCCACAGAACGGCGGUCAACCAACACUUCUACGCGUACCUUCUGUCCUCGAUGUGGUUCGACUCUAAGUAUGCUCAAGCAUAGUGAUCUCAAGAGUAUUGCAAUCGCUGCGGGGACACUCAAUGAGGGGAAGACACGGAUCCCGCUGCCAAGCCAUCACAUCUUUCUCAGUGAGAAGGCGUCUUGGUUUGAACUAUCCGAGCGGGAUGGGGCAAAGAGGUGGGAUAAGUGGGGGGUAUAUGAUAGGUUGUAG